CUUUCCCACCCUGGCAUUCGAGCAACGGUCAAGUUAAUCGCCGACCGCUACAUAUGGCACAAUAUGCGUUCCGACAUCCAAAAAUGGGCGAAGCAUUGUGUCACUUGUCAGACUAGCAAGAUACAUCGGCACACGAUCACCGUACCUGGCACAUUUGCGUUACCCGACGCUAGAUUUAAACAUGUGCACCUUGAUCUCGUUGGACCACUUCCUCCAUCCAACGGUUUCCAGUACUUACUGACCUGUGUCGACCGUUUCACACGAUGGCCUCAUGCAGUACCUUUACGAGAUAUUUCCACCGAAACUGUUUCGCGGACCUUCGUUGAAACCUGGAUAUCUGUGUUUGGCACCCCAGCCACGAUCACAACAGACAGAGGUCCUCAGUUCAAUUCCGCUCUCUUUCGAGACCUCAAUCGUUUACUCGGCUGUUGUCAUCUGCGAACGACCGCCUACCAUCCAGCCGCUAACGGUCUUGUUGAACGUUUUCAUCGUCAACUGAAAGCCGCAAUUACCGCAUCCCAAUCGAGUACGCACUGGUCCGAACAGCUACCAAUUAUCCUUCUCGGCAUUCGCAACACGAUCAAAGAAGACCUAGGUUGUUGCCCCGCUGAACUGGUUUUCGGCACAACUCUCAGGCUUCCCGGUGAGAUGGUGUUAGAUUCCAGAAUCACUGGCGAACUAGACCCAACUUCCUAUGUGGUACGAUUGCGACAACAUUUUUCUUCAGUCCGGCCAACACCGCCCAGAUUCAGCCCUCGAAACCAGCAAGUGCACUCUGAUUUGCAUACCUGCCCUUUCGUUUUUGUGCGCGUCGAUGCGGUGCGUAAACCCUUGACACCACCGUAUGAGGGCCCUUUCAAAGUCCUUGCUCGCAAAGAGAAAUACUUCAUAUUGGAUAGAAACGGUUCGAAGGAUUCUCUGAGCCUUGAUCGCUUAAAACCAGCGUACGUCGAAACCAAAACACCACAACAAGCCACAGAACAGACGUUUCCUAGUACCCCUCCUACCCAGCCAAUGUGUGAACCCUGUGUGCCCCCCUCUACACCCUCCACUAAACCAGUGAGUGAACCAUAUACACUAAAG